CAGCUUCUUUUGGCAGCUUUAUGGAAGAGAACCAGAAGCAGAGCAGUCAGAACACUACUGCAGGAACCCAGAAGAGACAAGGGCCCAAAUUAGGAGGAUCACUCACAGAGCAGAGAAAAGGGAUCACAGAAAACAUGAAGGAGUUGAAGGAGCCUAGGCAGCGGAAAGAUAAUAGGCGCCCAGAUCUGGAAAUCUAUAAGCCUGGGCUUUCCCGACUGAGGAACAAAACCAAAAUCAAGGAACCUUCAGGGACGGAGGAAUUCAGAGAUGAAACUGCCAAUGACAGAGAUACCUCUGCUCUGGAAAAUGGAACCCAGGCCAUUCAAGAUCUCUGCAAGGGGGUGGACAGCCAACAGCAAAAUGGCCCUGCCGACACAGAAAGGAAAGAACCCUUCCAGGGACAGGAAUCUUGCUCUAAAGCCUCAGGACCAGAGGAUAGGUCUCUUAGAAUUAUUAAGAGAACCAAGAAACCUGAUUUACAGAUCUAUCAACCUGGAAGACGCCUCCAGACCAUUGCCAAAGACCUGCCUGGCCGAGUGGAAGAGAACGAGGUCCUCAGUCAGGUAGAGCAGCUCAGAGUUGAGGAUGAUGAGCCUGAAAAGGACCUGGGGAAGGAUGGGGUCAAAGCCAAGCCCUCCAGAGAUGAGGCUGAGAAGCACCUGAAGACCCUGAAGGGGGGAGACAAGGGCAAAAAGACUGAAAGGGGAGAGGGGACAAGGAAAGUCCACGAUGACAUGCCCCAGGGCAAGCCUGGCUCCGCCAAGCGCUACUCGAGGUCUGACAAGCGGAGGAAUCGCUAUCGCACUUGUAGCACCAGCUCUGCUGGGAGCAACAACAGCGCCGAAGGUACCGGGCUCCCCGAUAGUGGUGGGCGGCGCCGACGCCAGGAUCGAGCCAAGGAGAGGCCUCGUCUGAAGAAGCAAGUGUCUAUGUCUUCAACUGACUCCCUGGAUGAAGACAGAACUGAUGAGUCAGACCUUCUGGGACCCCGCAGGAGCUCAGAGAGGAGGAAGCCUUCGGACCGAAGCUGGUCUUGCCAUGGGGAGGGUGAACGGAGAAGUGAAGGUAAGGAGAACAGAGGGGGCCUUCGAGUCACUUUUGAUGCAGAGAUCGUGAACAAGGAUGUAUCCAUGGUGAGACUUUCUAAGGAAGAUGUGGACAGACUGAAGGCUGACAGAGGAUCAGGCAGCAUGGGCAAGGCCCCUGAAAAGCAAGAGUCCAAAACCCCAAACCAGGAACUGCGGGGUCGUGGUCGGGGCAUUUUGAUCUUGCCUGCCCACACAGCACUGUCGGUCAAUACAACAGGAUCUCCAGAGUCUACACUUUUGGGAUCAAAGCUUCUCUUUGGAGCUGGUGGUAAGGGAUCUCGGAAUCGGGGCCGGGGAGGCACUUCCCGGAGGCUGUGGGACCCAAACAAUCCUGACCAGAAACCUGCCCUGAAGAGCCAGACUUCUCAGCUCCACUUCCUGGAUACUGAUGAUGAAGUCAGCCCCACUUCUUGGGGGGACUCACGCCAAGCCCAGACACCUUACUAUAAAUUUCAAAACUCUGACAAUCCUUACUAUUAUCCCAGGACACCAGGUCCUGGACCUCAGUAUCCCUACACAGGAUACGGCCCACUGCAGUAUCCCCUGGGCCCUACAAAUGGGGUAUAUCCAGGGGCUUACUACCCUGGCUAUCCUGCUCCAUCUGGGCAGUAUGUCUGUGGCCCUCUUCCUGCUAGCUCCCUGAGUCCUGAAGAGAUGGAGCAGCAGGUGAGGGACCUGCAACAGCAGGAGCUCCAUCGGCUUCUUCGAGUAGCUGAUAACCAGGAGCUGCAGCUCAGUAACCUGCUCUCCAGGGACCGGAUCAGCCCUGAGGGCUUGGAGAAGAUGGCCCAGCUCAGAGCAGAGCUGGUGCAGCUUUAUGAGCGCUGCCUCCUGCUGGACAUUGAGUUCUCAGAUCAUCAGAACGUGGACCAGAUCCUGUGGAAGAGUGCUUUCUACCAAGUUAUUGAGAAGUUCAGGCAGCUGCUUAAAGACCCAAAUGCUGAGAACCCAGAGCAGAUCAGGAGCAGGCUGCUGGAGCUCCUGGACGAGGGCACUGGCUUCUUUGAUAGUCUGCUUCAGAAACUGCAGGUUACAUACCAGUUUAAGCUAGAGGACUACAUGGAUGGUCUAGCCAUUCGAAGCAAACCAUUAAGGAAAAUGGUGAAAUAUGCAUUAAUCAGCGCCCAGCGAUGUAUGAUUUGUCAAGGAGACAUUUCCAGGUACCGGGAGCAAGCCAAUGAUACAACAAACUACGGUAAAGCACGAAGUUGGUAUCUGAAGGCUCAGCAUAUUGCUCCCAAGAAUGGCCGACCUUAUAAUCAGUUGGCGUUGUUGGCUGUGUAUACGAGGAGGAAGCUGGAUGCUGUGUACUAUUACAUGCGCAGUUUAGCUGCCAGCAACCCAAUCCUUACAGCCAAGGAGAGCCUCAUGAGCUUGUUUGAAGAGACUAAGCGAAAGGCAGAGCAGAUGGAGAAGAAACAGCUGGAGCUAAGCCCUAAUCGAUGGAGGAAAGGCAGGCGGUCAACUUUCCGGCACAUUGGUGAUGACACAACCCGCCUGGAGAUUUGGAUCCACCCUUCUCACUCCCGAUCUCAAGGCACUGAAUCUGGGAAGGACUCUGAGCAGGAGAAUGGCCUUGGCAGCUUAAGCCCCAGCGAUCUGAACAAAAGGUUCAUCCUCAGUUUUCUCCAUGCCCAUGGGAAGCUGUUUACCCGGAUUGGGAUGGAGACAUUCCCAGCAGUGGCUGAAAAGGUGCUAAAGGAGUUCCAAGUGUUACUGCAGCAUAGCCCCUCUCCCAUUGGAAGCACCCGCAUGCUACAGCUUAUGACCAUCAAUAUGUUUGCUGUGCACAAUUCCCAACUGAAAGAUUGCUUCUCGGAGGAAUGUCGCUCCGUGAUCCAGGAACAAGCCACAGCUCUGGGGCUGGCUAUGUUCUCCCUGCUGGUGCGGCGCUGCACCUACUUGCUAAAGGAAUCUGCUAAAGCUCACCCGUCCUCCCAUGAGGAUGAGGCAGACCAGGACGAUAUCAAGGUGUCAGCCUUCCUCCCAGACCUGAAGGAGCUACUGCCCAGCGUGAAAGUUUGGUCAGACUGGAUGCUUGGUUAUCCGGAUACCUGGAACCCUCCACCCACAUCCCUUGAUCUGCCCACACAGGUCGCCAUGGACGUGUGGGCGACGCUCGCUGAUUUUUGUAACAUACUGACAGCGGUGAAUCAGUCGGAGGUACCGUUGUACAAGGACCCGGACGAUGACCUCACCCUUCUCAUCCUGGAAGAGGAUCGACUGCUCUCGGGCUUCGUCCCCCUGCUGGCUGCCCCCCAAGACCCCUGCUACGUGGAGAAAACCUCGGACAAGGUUAUUGCAGCCGACUGCAAGAGGGUCACAGUGCUGAAGUAUUUCCUGGAAGCCCUUUGUGGACAAGAAGAGCCUCUGCUGGCAUUCAAGGGUGGAAAAUAUGUGUCAGUGGCGCCCGUCCCAGACACCAUGGGAAAGGAAAUGGGAAGCCAACAGGGAAAACAACUGCAAGAUCAGGAGGACGAUGUGGUCAUUGAAGAUUUUGAGGAAGAUUCCGAGGCUGAAGGCAGUGGGGGCGAAUAUGACAUCAAGGAGCUGCGCGCCAGGAAGCUCGCCCUGGCCAGAAAGAUAGCAGAGCAGCAGCGGCGCCAAGAAAAGAUCCAGCCUUGAACGUAAGCCAGACACAUCUGUCUGGCCAUAUGCGUGAACCCUGCAGUCUGUGCCGAGGUGGCUGUAAAACAGGACCGGUGAAGGCCCUUCUGGGAGAAUGCACACAUGUGUGUACCCUCGGGCCUUUGGCUCCCUGCCCAGAACCACUGGGCUUCGUCUCUCCAAACCCACGUUAACCUUUUCUUAUUUUUCCUCUUUUUGUUUAAUUUAGGGUAAAAAAAUCCCAAGGAAAAGGUAUAAAUUGUCCUGGGAGUGGGGGAGAGGCUCCCAGUUACAGGGGCCAUUAUUGUUGGCAGGUACCUGGGUUGCACUAAUACAAUAAGGAAGAAUGGAGCAUCAAGUGAAUUAAGAUUGGGGAGAUGGGCCGUAAAUUAAACUGCUCUGAACUCCACCAGCCUCCGAGGGGUGUUAACUGAGAGGUGUAAGUCAAGUCCCUGGCUCUCAGGGCCUUUUACAGAUGCAGCAAAACAGGAACCACACAUGUUUGGGGAAAGGGAUGUGAAGAUGGGGUUCAAAAGCCUCCCCCUCCCCCCUUCCUUACUCGCAGACCGGACCCCCGGGCCUAAGCUCAUCAUCCAUUGCCGGGGGUGGAAGGAGGGGAAGCUCUGGGCUCUCUCCACGGUGUACUCCUCCCUCCUUCCGGAGCUGCCGAGGGGCUGUGGAGUGGGGCCGAAUGGAGGUCAGAGCAGGGGUGUGGGCAGUUCCUUGGGUCUGUGCAGCUGGAGCUGAAGUAUAAUCAAGACCCUCCAAGUUCAGGGCAGCCAAAUACUGCUUUUCCCCUCCACCCCUGCCUUUUUUGUGGUUAGUCUGGCCCCCGUUUCCUCGGUCAUCCCUAAUGCCCCAAGCCUGCGUGCCCGCUUUGCCCCUCUGCCUGAGGACUCUCCACCAGCCACAUCUAGCGUCGGGUGGUGGGAGCUCUGGGAUGGACAUCCUCCCCGAGGCGAGGCUUCUUGGCACCUUGCCCCCUCGCUGGCACUGCUGCCCUGACCCCAGGAGGUUCCUCUGGGCUUCAGGCUGCCACCAGCUGGGAGCGGCCAGGCUUCCUGAGCAGUCGCAAACAUCCCACCUGAAGCACAACAGUCUCUUCCUCUGACCAUGGCUAUUGUUCUGCUCUGCAUUACAGCAGCAGCCCCGCUCGCCAGCCAGCUAUGACAUGUGCUCUGAAAAUAGCUCUCCUCCCCUGUCCCCUGCCCGCCCGCCUCCUGGACAGGCAGUCGCUCCUUUGUGGCAGCCUGAGGAGUCAGGAUCUAAAUAUAGCUGGGGAGUGUGGGGGGCUGAACAAUGACCCCCCUACACCUGUAUGAGAGCGGCUCAGCUUGCCCGCAGCGGAAGGCAGACACCCAGGCCCGGCUCCCGCCUGGCGGGAGGGCCAGUGCACUACCAGCUGAGGAACACGUUCACACCAGGGCAGGAAGGGGUAGCCAUAGGAGCCGCCCUCCCAGGUUGUACCCUCCCCAAAACCCCUCUUUUCACAGAGUGGGAAACAGGCCCAGAAAGAGCCUUGCUUGAAGGUUGUGCCAUCCUCGGCCUUCCCUUGUACCAUUUCCCUUUCUCAUUCAAGCCAGAGGCUUUUCUGCAGCAUUUAUCAUGUGCCCGCCCUGGACUAGAAACUGUGAGGGAAACCAGAUAAGAAGAAAAUGCGUCCCUGGCCUCAGGAGGCUGCCGUUCCGUCCGGGGAGACAAGCUGAACCCCCAAGCAACUGGUUAUCAGUGUUUGGUCCCCAGGGAUUGAGAGACAAGAGGGCUGGGGGCAGCUUCCUCUCCCAGGGUCCCCAUGAGCAUUAGGUACCCCUUGAGUUCAGGGGAGUUGGGAGGGCUCUACAGGACCAGGGUGCAAUGUAGGAGCCUGCUGGCCUCCCACCUGGGCACUUCCAUACCUUCCUAGAGGCUCAGCACAGGCAGAAGGUGGGGAUAACAACGUGCUGGGCUGUGCCCGGGCUCUUUCUGGAGGGUGGGUGGCUUUGGAAGCCCUGUAGGCCUGACGACGAGCCAGCUUGGGCAGGAGGGAGGAGAGCAGCUCUGCGAGCCCUGGCCUUCUUAGGAAGCCGUGUCUUCUGGCCCAGGGAGGCCCGGGCUCAGUUCAGAGAACUCGGGUGCCUGAAGCCGUGGGAGAGGGAGCAGGCUGGCCUCUGGCUGGCGUGCUGCUGCCCAGUCUCUGCUUGGCUCCCCAACACCUCCACGGGCAAGCUGAGCCGGGGUUUUCUCUCUCGCCCACUUAGUCAUGUCAGCCUUCAGAGUGCCCCCUCUUUAGAGGAGGAGGAGAUGGAAGAGGGUUUUUUCAGGGUACCCAACCCAUUUGCCACCUCCUAGCAAAGACAGAGGGUCCUUAAGAAACCGGCUUUGUGGCAGAGUGAAGCUCAUUGCCAUUGUCAGAUCUGCUCUCUGGGAAGGGCCAGGGAUACCCGGUGCCCUCUCCUGCUCUGGGCCCUCCCUGCCCAGCUCCCCUUUACACCUGGUCUGAGACCACAUGAGCCUCAGCAGGGCGACAUCCCCUUCCGGGGCAGCGCGCUUGGCUGAGGGCCAGGCAGAAUUUGUAUGAAUCACCAAGCCCUCACCCCUCACGAGCCCUCGGCAGAGACUUCUGCAGCUUUUUAUUCAUACAAACAAAAAUAAAUCCUGCUACCGGCCUCUGAACUCCACUGCAGAGCCCCCUCCCCCCCACUCCCCAAGCAUCCCCGGGCUGGGAGCGGGGACUUGGCUCUCUCCCCGCCGACCUCACUUUUUUACACUCCCCGCGCAUCCUGUGUCCUUCUCUCACCGUGCGGCCGAGGGAUCAGAAUGGGACGUGACGGCCGGCACAGGCGCCAUGCUCAGCUGCCAGGAAUCUGACGGGUAAAAUCUGGAAAAGUUGGGAGGGCAAAUGCACCACACGCGUGCUCGAGCACACACACACACACACACACACACACACACACACACACUCUGAGUGCGCUGCAGAGACAUCCGCAGAGGGAGCAGGCCUUGAGAGGGGCACCCAGAGGCUUCGCCUUUUCUUCUCUGCCCCGUCAGGGAGGCCGUGCCGGGCCGAGGGCCUAGAGCAGACCAUCUCUGGAGGCCCAGCUGGCACCUGGGGAAAGGGGAGCAGCUCCUCUGAACCCUGAUGACACUCGGUGAGGGCAUGGGGGGGACAGGAAACAGUUUUUUGGUGACUCACUGGGCAGAGCUGGGGCAGGGGAAGUUCGCUACAGGAGGCACCAGAUGAAGGGGCCACGGCUUGACGUCUCACUACCUCUGGAAACCAGGAGGAUUGUUGCUAUCACAGGCCCCACUGACUGUAAAACUUUGAUCCUCCAGAUUCUUCCCUGGCUCUGAGCCAAAACGCAGAGAGCGUAGACCUUUUUAACUUGCUUCUUCCCAUCCCACCCUCAGAGCUAACCCUGGGGAAAGGCCUGCUUGCCUCUUCCCUUUUGCCUCGGCUUCCAUGGGGGCCUGGCAUCUCUAAGUCCGGCCUGCCAUCAGCUCAGGUCCAGAAGGUGGAAGAGGACCUUAGGGCUGGACAGCCUGAGCAAGGUAAAGAUGGCGUCCGUACUCAGUCCCAGAAGGCCAGUAGUAUUGGCGUCCUUGAUAGAGGGGACGGACGUGCCCUGGCGGAUCUCGGCCCGGUGGAUGACAAGGCUGGAGCAGAGGCUCCGGGCAGGGAAAGGGCGAGAAGGCCAGCGCCCCAGGAGGGAAGGUGGUGAACAGGGCAGAUGCCGCCUUUGGGUGGAGCAGACAGGACAGGAAGAGGUUCUCGAGCUGUGGGGUUGUGGUACUUGGGAAGGGGCGUGACCUGACUGGUGCGUUCUCACGCCCCGAGCUCCCUGUGGGCACGCCUCAGCAGAGGUGUGAGGCGGGCUUGUCGGCAGCCCCCGGGAUCACGGGGGCAGCAUUCCCUUAGUCAGAAAGAGAGGUCCCCGAAGGUCACGGGGAGGCCACCUUCUCCUGCCUCUAGAAACCCUGGGCUUUCAGUUUUACUGUCAUCACCAGGGAAACUGGAGCAGCACUUCUCUUUUCUGUGGGUGGCGGAGGCUGGGCUCCCCAGAACCUGGCCCUUGUCAGUGCCCUUGCCCCAGCCAUGACCUGAGCAGUCACGCCACGGUAGACCCGAGGCUGGGAGUACGGGUGCUGCACUGUGCCCCUCAGUGGGAAAAGCGGGCUGGGCCUGUGCUGUCACCCCUCACCCAACAGGGAUGAGAGGACCCAAAGCCCUGGAAAUAUUAACACUCAGCCUGAUUAAAAAGCCAAACAGGAUCUCCCACUGGCUUCUAUAGCAACUGAGUGGAAGCUCAUGCCAUAGAAGAGUGGGCUGCUCUUGAGACCUGGGCCCUGCACUUCUGGGGCCCCUCAGAGGCGCACCAAGGCAGGAGGGCUGGGUCUUCGUAGUCUUGAUUUAGAUUUGUUAUCACAGUCUGGGCUCCCUGUAAGUGGUAGGACAGACCAGGGACCUAGAGUGAUUUCAUGAAGCCCAUAAAACCUUGACCAGUGACCAGGAGAACUCAGCUUCCCAGGUAACCCGCCUGGACCUUAACAGGAUUCUGGCUUUCUGCUGGUGGUGUCAUUGUUGUUCCUCUGCCUUGAGCCUGGGGGAAGGGGGGGGGGGGGGCUCCCUUCUCCUCCACUCCCACAGGGCGGGAUAUGGACCCAACUUCCAGGUAACCCAUCAGCCUGCCUGUGUC